AUGGUGUUGUGUCAUGUCACAUGUUGUGUUUUCCCUUGCCUGUACCUCACCGACCCAGGUCCAGGUGUGCUUUUCCUUUGCCUGUACCUCACCGACCCAGGUCCAGGUGUGCUUUUCCCCUGCCUGUACCUCACCGACCCAGGUCCAGGUGUGCUUUUCCCUUUCCUGUACCUCACCGACCCAGGUCCAGGUGUGCUUUUCCCCUGCCUGUACCUCACCAACCCAGGUCCAGGUGUGCUUUUCCCCUGCCUGUACCUCACCGACCCAGGUCCAGGUGUGCUUUUCCCCUGCCUGUACCUCACCGACCCAGGUCCAGGUGUGCUUUUCCCCUGCCUGUACCUCACCGACCCAGGUCCAGGUGUGCUUUUCCCCUGCCUGCACCUCACCGACCCAGGUCCAGGUGUGCUUUUCCCCCUGCCUGUACCUCACCGACCCAUGUCCAGGUGUGCUUUUCCCCUGCCUGUACCUCACCGACCCAGGUCCAGGUGUGCUUUUCCCCUGCCUGUACCUCACCGACCCAGGUCCAGGUGUGCUUUUCCCCCUACCUGUACCUCACCGACCCAGGUCCAGGUGUGCUUUUCCCCUGCCUGUACCUCACCGACCCAGGUCCAGGUGUGCUUUUCCCCUGCCUGUACCUCACCGACCCAGGUCCAGGUGUGCUUUUCCCCUGCCUGCACCUCACCGACCCAGGUCCAGGUGUGCUUUUCCCCUGCCUGUACCUCACCGACCCAGGUCCAGGUGUGCUUUUCCCCUCCCUGUACCUCACCGACCCAGGUCCAGGUGUGCUUUUCCCCUGCCUGCACCUCACCGACCCAGGUCCAGGUGUGCUUUUCCCCUGCCUGCACCUCACCGACCCAGGUCCAGGUGUGCUUUUCCCCUACCUGUACCUCACCGACCCAGGUCCAGGUGUGCUUUUCCCCUGCCUGUACCUCACCGACCCAGGUCCAGGUGUGCUUUUCCCCUGCCUGUACCUCACCGACCCAGGUCCAGGUGUGCUUUUCCCCUGCCUGUACCUCACCGACCCAGGUCCAGGUGUGCUUUUCCCUUCUCUUUAAACUUAACCGGUCAUGUUUCUGAUUCUUUACAUAGACUCCUGUUAUAAAUCACAAACAUCAAUAUCUGCUUUGUGUGUGUCAGACAUGGGUUCAAAUACUAUUUAAUGUAUUCAGAUACCCUUUAUUUGGAGAAAAAAAAACAAGUAGUUGAAAAUUGGAAUGUAUUUCGACAUACACUUGGAAAGUAUUUGAAAAUACUCAAAUACACUCCCAUACAUUUAACCCAGGUAUUUGAAAAUAGUAUUUGAAAUAAGUAUUUGAAUAUACUUUUAAAAUACAAUUUGGUCGACUAUUUGGUUUUUACAAAUAACUCAAAUAAAAGUACCUGUUUUGGGCUGUGUAUUUGAAAAUACUGAAAUACAUAGAAAAAGUAUUUAAAUAACAAAUGCUCAAAUACACAUGUAUUUGAACCCAGAGUGUGUGUGUCUAUCUGUGUGUGUUGGGUUCAUCAUGGUUGACUGGCUGGUCAAACAUUUUAGAAACAGGGUAAUGUUUGUUUUUAAGUUAAGGCAUCUUUGAUAUCUGUAUAUGUUCUUUUAGCAUUUUGCAGUACUGCCAUUCCGGAAAGAGAAUGGUUAAAUUCUCAUGUCUGCUAUUUCUAAUGCAAUUUCAUGUAUUUUGCUCUUCUGGUUACUGUUUUCUCUGAUUAAUUCCUGUGGUACAGUAUUUCAGAUGUAAUGGACUGCCUUCUACCUCGUACCUGGUGUCCACUCACCUACCUGAUCAUAAUGGUGUUGUUUUUUAACUUGUAAGCAAGUGCAUUAAAUAAUAAGACAAAAGA